GUCAGCGAGGAAGAAAGUAGGGUUUACACGUGUUUUUGGUUUUAGGAGCUCAGGAGACUGGAUUUGGAAUAAUUUGUGUCUAAUUUCUUAAGUUUGAAUAAUCGGAAAAGACAGCGGAUUAAAAAUGCCGAAGGUGAAGGCGGAGAAGAAGAGCAGGCAGCACCAGGAGGUCAGGAGUCAAGGCGUCAUGUUCAACACCGGCAUCGGUCAGCACAUCCUGAAGAAUCCUCUGGUCGUCAACAGUAUCAUUGAAAAGGCUGCUCUGAGGCCGACAGAUGUGGUUCUGGAGGUUGGACCUGGUACUGGUAACAUGACGGUGAAGCUGCUGGAGAAAGCCAAGAAGGUGGUGGCCUGUGAGUUGGACUGCAGACUGGUGGCUGAACUUCAGAAAAGAGUGCAGUGCACGCCCAUGCAGACCAAACUUCAGAUAUUAGUCGGAGAUGUGUUAAAAACCGACCUUCCUUUCUUUGACAUCUGUGUGGCUAAUUUACCUUACCAGAUUUCAUCACCGUUUGUCUUCAAGCUCCUGCUGCAUCGGCCGUUCUUCAGGUGUGCCGUGCUGAUGUUCCAGAGAGAGUUCGCCAUGCGACUGGUCGCCAAACCUGGAGAGAAGCUGUACUGCAGACUGUCCAUCAACACACAACUACUGGCCCGUGUCGACCACCUCAUGAAGGUGGGAAAGAAUAAUUUCCGUCCUCCUCCCAAAGUCGAGUCCAGUGUUGUGAGGAUAGAACCAAAGAAUCCUCCACCGCCAAUAAACUUCCAGGAGUGGGACGGCCUGGUGAGAAUAGCUUUCGUAAGGAAAAACAAAACCCUCAACGCAGCUUUUAAGUCGACUGCAGUGGAACAGCUGCUGGAAAAGAACUACAGAAUCCACUGCUCUCUUCACAAUGUGGAAGUGCCAGCAGACUUCAGCAUCACCAAGAAGAUCGAGAGUGUGUUGCAGGAGGCUGAGUUCAGUGAGAAGAGAGCGAGGACCAUGGACAUCGAUGACUUCAUGGUACUGUUGCACGCGUUCAACUCUGCAGGAAUUCACUUCUCUUAAACGACCGCAGGGACUGAGCUUUGUGAGGAGGAGGUGGAGUUAGAGAGACACUGACGUGUCUUUCUGCUUUUCAAGAUUUGCUUGGAGGAACUCAUGUUGAAACAUAAGAAGCAAAUGUGGAGGACACAUUUAAAGAACUCAUAUUGAGUGUGAGUAAACAUGGACUGUCUGAGAUUGAGAGUGAGCCUGAAUGUGUCAUUUAUUGAAAGUAUCCUGUAAUAGAGAAUCAAAAAUCUAUUUAGCAAUUGAACUUUUAAUGUGUGUGUGUGUUGUCUCUUAAAAUAAACCCAUUGUCCACAGG